ACACUGAAAACUGAGGAAGAAACCUUUCACUUGAGUUUUUUUCUUUACAGCUACAAAGCAGAUACUGAGCGAGAUUUAAGCGCCAUUUUUUACAUGAAUAUACUCGUAUCGUAACAAUGAUAAGGACUUGAACGAACCCGGUUGUUCGCUUGCUUCGCAGUAUGUCUGGGGCGAUGCUCAGGUAAAAACUCCGGACUCAAACUUGGUUGUUUACUGGUGAGCGCAAACGUAAGCUAGCUUGGCUGCUAGCCGUGCUGGCUAACGACGAACUCGAAAGAGAAACCGUCAACUGUAAAUCAGUCAUAGUUUAUUGAUUGUUUUUAAAAAGCCAGGCACAGUAUUCGAGUAAAAGUCUCCCUACUGUUACUUUUUCACAGGUAGAGCUCGCAUAAAUUUAUAUUUGUGGAUAAUGCUAUCAAAAAUAUUAGUCGUAUUUAACAGUUAUAAAGGAUGGAGAGCACUAAACGGGACGUGACCACAUUAAAACAAACUAUUAAGUUCCUCAGUUCAGACAAAUUAUUUGUAUCGCUUUACUUUAAACAAUAUUGUCUUAUUUUGUUCGUAGGAAUGCGACCUAACUUCUCAAAUAUGGUGUCUGGUUGGGGAUGCUGUUGACUUAAAACUGCGUUAUUUUUGGGGUGUGUCUUGGAAUCAGAUUUUCAUCGACCAGCAACAUUAUAAAUAACAGGUUCUCUACUGCAGUAACAGACCACGGUUCAACCACAACCAAGCUUCUAACUAGGGCUGGGCGAUAUAGGAAAAGUUUAUCACGGUAUAUAAUUUUCAUAUCAGUCAAUAUUGAUAUAUAUAAUGAUACAAAAAAUGAAAUUUAACAGUGCUUAUUGGAACCACUCUUUGGCAAUACAAUAGGCUACUCAAUCUGUGCGGUCUUUGUGUCUCGUAAGGCGUUGCGCUAGAGAAAGUGGACUGAAUGGUCGGCUACACAGGCGUCCUUGCUCCGCUCAGGGUUUGUAACCUUUUGCAUUGCGCGCGGUGUUGUUUACGUUGACGAAAACAACACUGCAGAAUAUAUGUUAAGCAUUUGACUGACGAAAUGCUCAUGAAUUUUGCAACUCUGUUCGUUGUCCACCACUAACGUUUUCGUCUUGUCUUGUCAACGUAAACGCACAUUAGUCUCGUCACAUUUUAGUCAUCUAAGACUUUUGUUUAACUUGUCAACGUCAUGUCUUCGCCGUGGAAAAAAAAAGGGGUGUCAACGAAAACAACACUGAUUGCGCAUGCUCUGCCACGUGGCAGGUAUUUGAGGUAUUCUAUGACUUUGCGAGAACAUGUACUCGACAUAAUUUGCAGUGCACCUUACUCUGCUUCAUGUCCCACCACAAAAGAAAAAAAAAAAAGACACACCACCGACGAUUUCAUGCCAGUGUUGUAGACGAUGUCGUCAUCUGUUGAGCCUUCAUCUGCAUUUCUGCCUCGGGUUGUGCUCAUUUUUUUUUUUUUCUCACCAACAGUGCUGUCGGCUUCACGUGUUAAAGUGCUGUGGUUGCGUGUAGCUGCAGCCUGCUACUAUGCAGUUGUUUGCGACUUGGUUCUAAUUCAGCACAUGAUUGGUUCAUCGCAAAGUGGACCCAGAGCAACUCCCCUUUUCAUUGGCUAUUCGUAUAGUCUACCAAAACAUGGCUGAAUACCAACUAUUGAAAAUAAUAUUGACCAUGUUUUAUAUUGAUAUUGAGGGAAAUUAAUUUUCGAUAUAUAUCAUUAUCGUUUUAUCGCCCAGCCCUACUUCUAACUAUUUAAUUUUUGUUGACAUGCCCAGAUAGGUGAUAAAUAUUUUUUAAAUUUUGUCCACUUCUUAAAAAAACGAGGGGACAAAAUAUUAGGAACACCUUUCAUGUAAUGUACUCUAGUACACAAUCAACACCCAUUCAUCUUCAACAACAAAUUUAAAGAGACUUGUCCGUCUCUGCCCUCAAAAAUGAAAAUGAUGGACCGUUGUGACAGCAGAAUUAAUUGUUUGCAUUACAGCCGAUUGAUAUAUGAGUUACAAAGAUUCAGUUUUCAAAGAAGAGCAAACCCCCUCAAGAUGUGUAAGAAAGCUCUGAAAAAUUAAAGAGCUACAUACACUCUCUGCUCAAAUAACCAGCAGGGCAGAAAAGUACACAGAUUCAGGGAACACAUUAAUGGACCAUGUCAGAAUGUCAGAAACAUUUUCUGCAUUAUAUAAGAAAAAUAUUUAAAGUCACGUUAGUAUCUAAAAUCUAAAACAGAAGAAGUUGCAAAUGAACUGAUUCACUUGUGACAAUUUAGGUUGCAUUGCUUGUUGUGGUUAAGGGAGAAGAGAGUUUUGUCUCAUUUUAUUCUCUCUUUCUGGAAAGUUUAGCACUUUUUUGCUACCCAUUCUUUCAGCAUUAGAUGGAUAUUUAAUACCAUAAAUGCAUUACUUGAUGCCCUUUUUGCCUCCAAUUUAGCCCCGCGACCAGCAAGCUGAAUGUUCUCGUCAACAAGCUGCAUGAGUACUUGGCUCAUUCCACUCUCGAGGACAGCAAUGGCCUUCCAAGUUCCGAGGAUGCAGAUGGUACAGCUUCUUAUUUAAUACUGCAAAUGAAGGAAGUCGUGUUAGCAUGGUUACAUGUUUAUUAAACAUUUAUAACUGUCUUCAUAGGUAUGGUGAACCGGAGCUGUCCUGUGGGAAACUUAACUGCCCACACUGAAACUGAAGUAAGUUCACCCCCCUGGUGUUUUAGUCUAACCCUUUAAAGAAACAUACGUAGAAAAACUGAAGAAGUAUGUUUUUUUAAUGUCUCAUUUCUUCACAGAUGUCAGUUAAUUAUAACAAGGAACUGGACAUAACUUAUUAGAAUAAAACAAGAGCAUUUGUUGCAUUAGAAUUUUGCAACGGUUGAGUGAAGUACGAUUUUUAAUACCAAAAUUUCUUACAUGGAUGACAUGAUGUGACCGAAUAGAAGCAGGUUUGAUUUUAAACUGUUCUCAUAUCCUACUAGCCUUGUGCUUCAUAAGUCAAAAAACACAUGAGACUUAUUAUUACUUCCUUUUCCUCAGAUUUGUUUUUUACUUCAGUCUGAUCUUUGAGUUUUUAGAAAACAAAAAACACCAAACCAUCAUGGUCUCUUGGGGCUUUAUUUUAAAGAACUACGGUAUUAAAAUAAUUCCCUUCCAGGUGUCACUGCAAAGGUUUUAACACAAAAAACAUGAAUAUAGUGAAGAUAACUCUAAUAAACUGUCUUUAUUUAUAGGCGGGGACAGAUACCAGAUUCUCAAGGAGGUGAGUCGACCUUUUACGAAAUUGCUCCAUGGCACAGAUGGUAUAGACACUCCGUAUUUUAUAUAUAGUGAAAUACUGAAAGUGCUCUGAUUUUUCUGCUGUGAGUCAUCCUCUUCAUUUAGUUCAUUCAUCAGUGAUACUCCCUUUUUGUUGUUCCAUACAGGUUGCCUGUCGUAGCUCUGAGACUUAAGAUUUUCCUAUGCUUAUUUCAGAAAGCCCUCUGUCAUCAUAAAGCACUCUGGGCUUGAUGAGUCUGGGGACUCUGAGGCGAGUGAGGACACAGAUAUACCAGUCAACACAAAUGGUCAUGUUGACAUUACGAGAUUGCCCAAAGGUAGGCCCUAAUUUAUGUUCCUUUCUCACUCUGCUUUGAAAUCUGUUCAAGCAUUUGUGCCGCAGUGUCCUGGAUGUGGUAUUUUGUUGUACUUUUAAUCUCUUCUCAGUGAACAUUUAAGGUUGAGGUCCUGAAAAAGUGUCUAGAUCCAUCCUAAUGCUAUGAUUUCCUGAUGAUAACAUUCUGUAGAGGAUAAAUUCAUCAUAUAAAUUAACACAUGAUGAAAUAACUUCGUUUGUCCGUUUCUUUGUUUUGUUUCUUUCCAGGUACUGUGCUGGUUAGACCUGAAGCUGUUGAGAAUGGAAGAGACGACUUCAGGGGCCCGGAGUUCCGCAGCCGGAAAUCAGGAGUUUCGCGGAAGGACUUUCCAAGAAGACGUGGAGGUCAGUCACUGCGGAUAAAUGUGGUUAUAAGAUCACAUGUGAAUUUCUGAUGACUCAGAUACUGAUAUUCUUGAUGUCCAUGUGGUCAAAUUGGUAUAGGUAGCAUAAUGGACCAAAGACGAAACAUUCACUCAAGCACACAGACUUAUAUUGUAUAUCAUUGUAGUUGAACAAGCAAGCUGAAAGUGUACUUCCCUUUGUUGCUCAAAUCCAACAUAGCCAUUGAGUUAUACUUUGUCUCAACCAGUGAUUCUACAUAUGUAGACCUGACUUGUACUGGAUUGAAGUUGUUGCUGAACAGUGUGGUGUCAAACUGUUAUAAGAAACAAUUCAAGCCAUACUUUGACAAAAUGUGUUGCUAAUCAUAGCGGUGUGCUUCCUCAGGAGGUGAACACAUGGAAAUUGUCAGCUGCACAGCUUGUGGACGACAAGUUAACCAUUUCCAGAAAGAUUGCAUCUAUCGACAUCCAGUUCUGAAAGUACUUAUUUGCAAGGUAUGUAUUGUUUUUUAUCAUAGAGGAUUCCUGUGCAGUCAUAGCUUCACUCAGUCAUUUUAUCAUUCCCUGUGUUCUUUUAUUCAUCAUCUUCUAAAAGUCUUAAAGAAUCAAAACCCAAAGUUUCUUUAAUGUGUUAGAUUUCAAACAUAAAAGCUGACAGAAGACUACAUUUUUCUCUUAAAAAUCUCUUUUUAUGUCCAUCCAUUUCUCAUGUUCUGUGUAACAGACUUCCACUUUCUCAUAGUUCCAUCUUGCUGCAUCACUACCACUGCAUCUUGCUGCUUCAUCAGUACUUUUUUGUUUCAACAUCUUGUUUGUUUUAUGGUCAUAACUUUGCAUAUGUAAAGAGCUCUCUGCUCUAACUGGUCAAGUUCAUUGAUGAGGGAACAAAUUGUAGAGGGCAAAAAGAAAUUAAAAAAAAAUUUCUGUCAAACGGUUGUUAGGCGUCUCAGGUGUGGACUUGAAUGUCAUUUACUGUGUCACACUACAUAGGCUUAAACAAUCAGUUUGAAAAGCGGACUUUUUCCAAAACCUUACAUCUGCUCCACCAAGCUAUAACUAAAGAUUAUCUCCAGUGACAAGCAUAAAGCACUCAUGAAAAUGUGCAACUCAAAACAAAGGAAAUCAGUUUUUUAUUAUUUUCAUUGUUUUAUAGAAAAAAAGUGGCAAAAAUUUUUUUUCAGGCAUUGUUACUCAGAGAUGCUCAGUUACCAUGUUUUUCAUCCAAAAUGAUUCCAUUGCUGGAUUUGUGUCAAAAGGAUGAUCCCUCUUGGAUAAUUCUUAAAAAAAAACCUCAAGAGUUGUAUGUUUCCAUCUGUCAUAGAUGAGGUAUUAUUGCCAUUGUGGUUUGACCUGGCUCAGUGAUAUUCUUUGUAGCACAUCAACAAGUACAAUCAGAUAAUGAUUUCCAUAAACCUCACUAACAUGAUGUACUUUGAGCAAAACUGAAACUUAAAAAAAAUACAAUCAAAUGUUAAAACAAAAAAAAAAACCCUCCAGAUAUUUUGGCAGGUGGGAUAAGCAAGGCAGUGUUUCAAUCUACAAUGUAACAGCUGGAAAUCAAUAACAAUUCUCACAUCUACCUUUACAAGUACUUUUGUUGAAUGAAUUUCCUUCACGUUUUGAGCUGUCUUUAAUUCUGAAAUGAACGUUUGUUUUCUUUAGUCCUGCUACAAGUAUUACCUAAGUGAUGACAUCAGCAAGGAUGGAGAUGGAAUGGAUGAGCAGUGCAGGUAUGACUCGUUCAUGACAGAUUUCACUUUAACACAAACAUGUUCUUGCUUCCUUAUCCGAGAUCUCUGAAACCUUUUUGUUUUUCCUGUUUAGAUGGUGUGCUGAAGGAGGCAACUUGAUCUGUUGUGACUACUGUAGUAACGCCUUCUGUAAGAAGUGUAUUCUGAGAAAUUUGGGAAGGAAAGAGCUAUCUGGCAUCUUAGAGAGCAAAUGGUACUGCUAUGUGUGCAGCCCUGAGCCCCUCUUUGACCUGGUGGUGGCCUGUGACAACAUCCUGGAGAACAUGGAGAGUCUGUUGCAGCAGCAGCGCAAAAGGAACCGCGUGGGGCCGGAGAAAUCUGAACCAUACAGCAUGUUGCCACACUUGGGACAAAACAUUCCUCUGGAUAAAUGGGAUCACACUGGUAUGGAUGGCAACGUGGUGUUCAACUAUAACACACUGAAGAUUUCCAAGGAUAUCACCAAAAAAGCCAAACAUUUAGUGGACUCAACAAACAUCCUAAAUCGAACUUUUGUUAAUUUCAUUCACUCGGUGACAAAGAGCAAACAAACACCCAAAGUUCGCAGUUUGUAUCUGAACUCUUUUUUAUCGGUAGUUAAAGGUUUGCAAAGGUCCCUUUCAGCUCUUGAGGAUAGCCUUAGAGAAGAGUUCAGCGACCUGGAUCUCAUGAACUGUUGGGAAAAAUUCCAAAGUGAUGACUUUGCUCCACAACCUGUACCAGAAGCAGACGCAGAGCUAGAUAUCGCCGAUAAACGAUGUUUGAAUGUUUUGCAGAAGUUGGCAGUUGAACAUUUGGAAGACGAUGACUCCGACUCAAAGGGCUUCACAGAUGGGAGAAGUUCCCAUGUCUGUCCUGGGGAAGAUUCAGUAAAAGCCCAAACAGCUGAAAAGAUCAGUCUGAAUUCCUCUAGAAGUGAGGUUAACGUGACCAGAAAACUAGUGGUGAAACUUACACCCGUCCCAAUGGAGCAGGAGCCGUCUCCUGACGUUCCAGAAAUGGAGGAGGACGACCACAUGAAGGAUGAGAAGUCAGAGGAGAAAGACGGCUCAAAAGAUAAAGAGGCAGGCGUCGUAGAGGCUGCAGCCGACAGCAAGAUUAACUACGACAACUCCAGUGCAUCUCAACACAUAGAAGAGGAGCAAGGCAAUAGACGAUCUCCUCGUGUAAAGACAACACCUCUCCGUCGACAAAGUGAUGUCAAAUCCAAACCAUCUCUCUCAGCAGCUGACAGUGAGAGCAACUCUGACCCUGAGGAAACCCAGAGCAUGGUUCCAACCAAAGACCCCGAAGAACAAAGUCUGAGCAGAGCAAGAGACGACUCUGACUCAGACGAAGUCCCAGCGGCGCUGCUAGAACGAGCGGCUGUAUCUCAUAGCUCUGAUGACGCCCAAAGUGAUGAGGAUGGGGAAAAUGCAUCAAGCAAGGUGGCCAAGAAAUGUCUCUUUUGGCUCAAUAAAAACACUCCCAUGUCACCGGAGAAAAUCCGCUGCAAACGCAAGAUGCUGGACCGAUCCCCUGAGCCUGAUUCCCGUAAAAGACGAGUAAAAUCUCGUAGGGAAAGUGGGACAGAUUCCUCUAGUGAUGAUCAGGACUCACAGAAGAAAAUCAAACACUUGAACACGUUGAGAUCUAUAGGGAAACCCCACCUGGUCAAAAGAGAGGACAAAAGUAUGACGACAAAGCAGAACAGGAUACAGGUGGGGAAGACAAAGGCAAAACCACCUCAGGAAGCAAAUAAGACGUCUUCCUCAUCCAGUGAAGAUGAACACGAUGAUGACACCGAGAGUGACGGGAGUGAUCAGAAGAUGAAGCCAAUCACAGAGGAUGUGGCCUUACUGGGAGCCGCAGCGUUCCAGCAGUCGUCAGGUGAGUCAAGAAAUAAAAGGCUCAAUAUUUUACAUCAACAUUUGAGGGAUAUGUUGCUGUCAGUAGAGUAGAUUGGCUAGAAGUUUGACUUUUGCCUGUUGUUAAUCAUUAGCCUGAAUGUUAGCUGCACUCACAUAUUUUUUGUGUAGACCAAAGAUGUAGAGACUAUCAGAUCUUGGGUUGGUGCAUCUUCCCCCUCCCAGGACUGUAGUCCCAGUGUUGUGGUUCUGAAGCUUUUGGCUGGUACAAAGAGUCUCAAAUAUAUCGUGGUACACGGCUUUAUAGAACUUGUGCCUCUGCGUUUCUUAGUUUUCAGUCAGGGAGAAAAAACAAAAGCAAGUUGAAGUAACUGAUUGUGCUUUUAAAGGCUCAUCAGUGAUUUCAUUUAAACAUCAUUAAAAGUAUUAUAUUUAUUUUUAGUAUUUUAUAAAAAAGGAAUUGCAACACAGUUGUGUUGCAAUUCCUUUUUUUGUGAUCAAUUUUUUAAUAAAAUUUCUCCAUUUGAUUCAAGUAGAAGAACAAAUGAAGAUAUAAUGAAAAUACACGACAGGACAAAAAAAACAAACAAGCAAAAAAAAAAAGGAAAAAAACAGACAUAUAAACAUGCUAGCAACGUUAUAAGAUAAACACUGAAAAACAACACCAAAAAAUUGAGAUGAUAAGAGAAGUAACCAAAUCAAACAUAAAUUUAAUACAUACAGACAUCCAAAUAUAACUCCCUUAUAGUGUUGCAAUUAGAUCAUUUAUAUCCUUCCUUUUUACAGCUGCUUCAGAACAUCCACUCUGUCAAGUGCACAAGACUCAGUUGUGGUAGACAAAAUUAUCGGAUAUGAAUGAUUACACUAAAUAUUCUUGUGAAUAAGACUUAUUUUGGGCCACGACUGUAGAGCAACAAAUGGUUUUGAGACUGAUGUUAGAACAUCUUUUCAGACAGCAAAGAAACCUGUCUACUGGCAGAUGAAUUGACUUUAGUGUAGGGGCGUCCCAAUACAGCUUUUUUUCUUCCAAUAAUACACCAAUAUUGUAGCCGUCAGUAUUGGUCAAUACCGAUAUUGGUCCGAUAUUGGCACAAACUCAGCUGUAAUGUCUUUUUUGGACUUGAACAAACAAUACUGCCACACAGACAACAUCCCUCCUACUCCUUGCUACUUUGUUUGUACCUUAGUACACACUGUUAUUGUGACUAUCUGGGCUCUGCAUGCUGGAUACAGGUGCUGCUAGAUAGAGGUGCCGGAGCGGAGUCUGGAAGGGACUGCUUGAAUCGCAGUGCUGUUAUCAGAGAUUUUAGAUAUAAUUCAAUAUUUGUUUUUUGUUGAUAUCAGACCGAUAACCGGUAUCAAUAUCAGAUUGGGACAUCCCAACUUUGGUGAUCCUAAAGAACUGGAUUUUUCCGCAAAGUUUAUCUAUAGGAAUCAGACUGCCCUGUUGCAUCUACUUAUUCUCACUGUUUGUUUAUUUACAUAUUACAUUGUCUCCUCUGCUGAAUUCACGAACUUUCUAUCCCAUUAUUUUUUCUGUAGGGGACGAGGAGCAGUCUGGGCCCUCAUGGGCAGCAGAAGAUGAUGAUGAUCCAGAAAAUAGGUAUGGUCCAAAAAGCCUGGAUAUAGAGUUUGUAAAACACCCCAAAUGUUGGAGGAGAGCUACUAUUGGAGACCCCCGUGUCUGUCAAAAAUCUAGCAACACCCGUGUCAUUAAGACUCAGUUACAGCCUAUCCAGACACGACCAAAGCGUAGCUGCAGUCAAGCCACUGCCAUCAAAUACACAUUCUAGAGGUUCACUGUGAAGCAAAGGGCCAAUGUUAUGAUACAGUGACAAUGAGCAAUGUCCAGCGCUCUUCUGUUUUAUUUGAUGUGAAAGCCAGGAGGUGUGUAGAUAGUAGAGAUACAUUUUAAUUCAGAAUUUUAUUACAUUAUUGUCUGUGCAAAUACUAAGCUGAUGAGAAAAGGGAAGCCUUUUGUUGAACUUCUUUAACCUUGAAGCAAACAUUUGGAGUGUGACUGAAUCCAUUCUGCCUUAUAGCUCGACCUGUUUAUGUGUUACAGUUUUCUUUUCAGUGAUGGUGCUCUCUUCCAUUAUCAGAAGUAUUGUAAUAUAUUUUCACUUCACUUGUUAAAUCUGUGUGAUUACAGAAUGCACAAAAACUUGUUUUCCUUCACUCUCAGCAUACCUUUACAUGAACAGUACAUGGGGAAGUGUCAUGUUUUUUGUUUUGUUUUUUUCCUAAAUCCAUAAAUCAUGUCUGCUGCCACCACAGUGCACAGUGUUGUAAUGCUCUACCUUGAAAGUCACUUUACUUCACAUGAAUAACACUUCUAUUUUGAUAAGAUUGUUAGAGAAACAAUGGUUAAAAUAUCUUUUAGGAUAGACCUGGGUCUGUGAAUGUGUUCAUGCAGUUCAGCUUGUGGAUUCUAUAAGAAGUUAAUAUCAAUUUUAUUUCACGUUGCAGACCUUGUUAGUAUUAGCCAUCAAUUAUAUUUAGCAGUGUCUCUAACACAAAUGAAUGGAGUUUUAUUUAGUGUGGGGUGUCCAAGGAUGAGAUUGUCUUUUAUGUCAGUGUGAACGCAUUAGUUUCAUGUAAUUUGCCAGAUUGGUUUGAAAAAGGCCCAAUGGUCUUCACCCAGAACAACAUAAUUAGCUGGUGAAAAAGAUCAUCAAAUGUAAAUCAGGGUCGACACCAGCAGCACAGAUGAAGUGGAUAUGAUAUUGCACAUUUUAUUGUUGGAUUCAUGCAACAAAAAAUCAUGAUAUCGGUUUGCCAGUGAAAUCCUCUUUAUCCUGGAUCAUAUUUUCUCUCUUUGAAACAAUCAGAUGAAGCCUCUAAAGGUCUAAAAUAAAGAAUACUGCCUUAAAAAAUGGAUCAUGUCUGCUCUAUAAAGUGAAGGUCAGCUGGGCCGGUGACCCUCCUAUGAACACUUUACUUUAUCCAGAGCGGCCUGUGAGUCAGGUUGGCUCCUACUGGGUGCUUGAAAAGAGUAUUAUUAUAGAGUUUUAUCAGAGCAGGUAGACAUUCAAGCAUCUGAUGUAUAAAUUGUAUCACCGGUUCAAAUCUCAUAAGAUAAGAUAAGAAUUUUGUUGAUCCCUGAAGCGAAAUUUCAGUAGGCAGUAAUAAGAGUAAGUCUUGGCAGUAUAGUUUAAUGUUAUCUUCUUUGAAAUACUGAAACAAGUUUUGAAAGUUUUGUUGGAGCUCUGGAAAAUAAACUUAAUAUAAUAUUAUAUACUUAAUAUUUAAUUAUCACGGUAUUAAGGUAAGGCAUGUCUACAGACCUUUUCUCUUAACCCAAAAAAAAAAGGUUUCAUACUGGUGUGUGUCAGAGACGUCAUUUUGUCUACACAUCAGUAUCGUGUUAACAUAGAUAUGGAACCAGACUUCAGCAACACUUGACUACCAUCAUCACUGUAUUUAUCCUUCGACUCAAACAUAUUCCUGUUUUUUCAAGUUUUAAGAAAUCAAUGUGACGGCUUGAGUCAGGAGAGGUGCGAGUAAAGCGCUGAAAAACAUGAUGAAAAUCUGAAAAUCAUCUGCAGUGAGAUAUCGUCUCUCCGUUAGUGUCUAGGACUUUGACUGUAGAGGUGAAAAACUGCUGAAAUGGCAUAUUUUUAUACGUUUAUUUGGAAGCAGUCGGACAGAUCAACCUUAGUGCCUCAGUUAUAUAUGUGCAAUAUUUGUAAGAACGGGCACCAAGUGGAUCCGCCAUGGUUCUUUUAGUUCAUCCAUCCUCGUCAUUAGCCCGUAUUGUUAAUUGACUUCAUCAUCCCAGUGUUUUUGUGUUUUACCCCACUUUCUAUACACAGAAUACAUUUCUGCUGACCAUUUCUCAAAACAAACUGAAGCUUUUGAAACUUUUAAACGAUUUUUGACCAGAUACAAACUCGCAGACACUCAAACCCUGCUCAACAGGUGAAUGAGCUGUUUUUUUUUUCUUCUUUACGGUGAAAAGCAAUUCGAAUUAAAUACCUCUGGGGUCAGUUUUUUCCAACACCGCUAAGAGGGUUGUAUAUCUGAGAAUUGAGAGUGGGCACUGAAACAACAUCCAUCACCAUUCAAGAAUUCCCUUUGCGCUUUUAUUGACAUCCAUGUUUUUUUGUCUUAUGUUUUUUCAGGUCGGAUUUUCUGACAGCACAGCAGUGAUUGCGGUGUUGUCAGGCGACAGUCGCUUAGAAGUGGGAAAAUGUAGCUUUCCAUCGACAACAAGUAGUAUUUUUAUUUUAAAUUACAAAACUGUUUUUACCUGUAGUGACAGCUGAUAGUGAUAGCACAGCUCCAUGUGUAGAAAAUGGUCAGCAGAGUGUAAAGUUUACAUUGUCUGUGGUUAGUGGGCUAAAACACAACCGUCCACACAGCAUGUGGUUACCAAUGAAAGUGACGCCACAAUAGUCAGGCAUUGUGUAGUUUUCCUCAGUGUUGUGCUGUGUUUCUGCUUUCCCUGCUAAAAAGUACUUUCUCUGUUUUUGGUCGCCACUGUCUCAUGCUGUUGCUGGAAUACGCCUUAGAAUAUAACUCUAGACUCAGAUGUCAGAAAAAGGCCUUUUAUUCCACCUCCAGUGAUGGAAAUUGGCAAUCUACCAUGAGCAGGUGGGAGGAGGGUUACUGAAGUAGAGGAGUAGGUGGACUAACUUUGAGCUGUCUGACUUUUAGUUUUCAGAAAUAGGUCAAACUAUGUUUGGAAAUGGUCGUUUAGUAGAUGGUAGAGACUGAAUUGUAGCUCAAACACAUAAUGGUAUUAAACCAUAAUCUUUUCACUCUUCUUUGGGAACCUAUUUAUGUUACGUGUUGAAUUCCCUCAAUUUUAUGCUUUAGCGAAAUAUGAAGGGUUCCAAAGAGCUGAAUUCAUUGUGAGUAAACAUUCAUGUACAGACUCAAUUGAGUUAUGUGUUUGUCCUGCUCAUGUUUUUAAUUCCCAUGUAAGAUAACUGUUCGUCUGGUAGAACCAGAGUAGCACAUGGUCUUAUAUUAGUAUGAACUAGCAUGAAUGGUUGAGCUACAGAUCAAUAAUCAGUGUUGUGCAUUUUACUUUAAAAAAAAAAAAAGACCAGCAGCCGUCUCAUACUCCUGCAAGAAAACACAUUGGAAAAAAAAGUACCCUUACCCAGAGGAGAAGAAACAUGAAGUAUGUCUUUUUUUUCUGUGAAGAAAACUUCUUGAUGUAAUAAAUUCUUACUCUUAAAAAGCUCUGUCUCAUUUUUUUUCUUGCUUUUGCUGCUGCUUAUUGUAAAUAUACUAUUUGUCUGACUGCUGACCUUACUGAGCUGUAGGUUUAUCACUCACAGACCUCUUUACUGGCAUCACAUUUUAAUAAUUUUACACAUUUUAAUCACAGUUUAAUAGAAACUACUUUAACGUGUUUGAUCAAAUUUAUAAUUAUUGAAAGACCAACAAGUCACUCACUGUUGGCUCUGUUCGGUAUCAUUAUCUGUGAUUUUACCUCAAAUUCUAAACAUCUUUCACAGUCAAUGAAACUGAUUAUGAAAUGAACCUCAGGUACUUUUUCCCUUUUUUCUACCCUUAAAAGAAUCGCUAAGAAAAUUCUGUUGGCCAAAAUCAAAGCCAACUUCUCUUCGGGUGACGAUGAUAUCUCAUCGGAUGAAGACACACGGGACGGUGAAUCACAGCCUGAGGUCCUCAAGGAUGAAAAACAGGGAAAGGAAGAUGAUGUGACAGAAAAAGAUGGUGAGUCAUUUCUGAAAGCAGCACUUGGAAAGAUCUAAUUCUUUCAUGAGCACAGUAAUCUAUAUAAUUUUUUGUUUUUGGCCUGUUGGGUCCUUUUGAUUUUUGCAAAAUUGUAACAAAACAGACUUCUAAGGUGCCAAUUUGAGGUUUUUAAUUAUAAAAUCACAAAAUUAGUCUGUACUCCAGGACAAGACUGUGCGUCGGAGCUCUCAGAUACCUCGUCUGAUGGGCCGAUCUCCAGACACCAUCUCCUCCGCUACAAACUCACCUUAGAUGAGGGCGCAUCAAGUGACAAAGCUGGGGCAGAGAGUGCAGAGGGGACGCUCAUCAAGAAAAGAGCAAAGAGAAAACGCAAGAGCUGUAAGAUCACCUCUGACCUUCAAGAUCAAUAUAGUCACACAGGAAGUUCCUGAAUUGUCUUAAAGUCUGAUAUUAAUUUCUGUUUAGCUGAUGGAGGGAGUGAUGGUAAAGAGUCAGAGUCUGAAGAUGAUGGGAUCAGUGAGGAGCUGAGUGACUCGGACGAUGAAGGUGGAGAUGAUCAAAAAAGGUACUUAGUCAAGCUGCCUCUGACACCAAAACAAAAUGUUUCAUGUUCACUGUGAUUUUGAUUUUGUGCAACAUCCGUGAGUAAAUUAAGUUUCCGCAAAGACGCCUAAAACAAUUUCAUAAAAAAAUCUCACAGUUUAUAAAUAUUUUUUGCCAUUUCAGCCUUUUAGAGCUCAUGUCAUUCUGUACAAGUGCACAGUGUUCAUGAAGUGUCCUGUCGUCUCACUGAUCGUGAACCAGCAACAAAGCAGCGGGCCCUUGAAGGCGAAGCUUAAAAAAUAUUGGCAGUUAGAUAAUAAAUUCAGUAUAAUGUUUUGAAAGUAUGUUUAAUUUGGGGUACGAUCCCCUGAAUUUAAAACUGUUUUGUUUUUAUUCACUUAGAAUGAGACUUUCAUGUCUACAUAGGAACCAGUCCCUUUCCACAAGGUCUGCUAUCUUGCAUUGCUGUGUUUUAACCAUCGCACAGAAUGGACAAACUCUCAGUGUUUGUGUUUCUGUAUUUAGUGAGUGGCUGUUCAAAAUGCUGCACUAAAAACAGUGGCUGUUGUGCACAAACUAACUAGGUUUUAUAGAUGAAAACUUAAACAAAGGAUCAAACUGUACAUACAUCACAGGAACUUUCUGUCUUUGAAAGCCACCCUCGCUUCACAGCAGGGGAGUAUUUCAAUAUCAAAUUUGAAAGUGUGAUUUUGCUCUAUUUUCCUAUUUCUGCACAGAGUUGUUCUUGAAUGAGACUUGUUUUGCCUUAGGAAAAAAAAAAAUUAAAACUUACUUCAAAGUAUUUCAGAAGCUAUUCACUACAAAAGAGAGAUUUCAGCACUUUUUUGUGAGUUCAGAGUGAAAAGGCCUUUUUUUGCUGUUUUUAUUUUUACAUUUCUUAUUCUGUCCUCUGUUGAUUGUGCAGAAAAGAGAAGAAGACAUCUGGCCGUCAACAAAUCAAGGAAAGGGUGCCGUAUAUUCUGCUGUCUGACUCCGACAGUGAAAAUGAAGUGGUCGAUGUUAUACCCUCCGUAUGUAUCAUUUUCAUCUGUCUGUCUUCAUCUCUGAUACCCUAAAAAACAAAAGCUUACAUUUCAAAGAAGGACUUUGGAAUCUAUUAGACCCACUAAUUGUCGAAUCUUUCUGUACACCAGCAGGAUGAUCAACAGGAUGCAGUUGAGGAGCUAACUGACAGUCAAGGAAACCCAAAAGGACGCAAAAAGAUCCGCAAAAUCAUCGAUGACGGGCAUCUCUGUGCAGAAACCCAGGAAGCCCUCAGAGAGGAGGAGGAGAGAUGCCAACGGCUGGCAGACAGAGAGAAACAGAUGGAGGAUAUGAGAGAGGUACUGAGCUCACAGUGUGUCACACUGACCUUUCAGAGUAUUGAUCAUAAAAUUUUUUCAAUUUUUCUCUCUGUCAUUGUUUUUCAGAUAAUCGUCAUCGAGGAUGAGUUGUCUCAAGUUCCGUGUCCCAUCACCACCAAGCUAGUCUUAGAUCAGAAUGAGGAGACCAAGGAGCCUCUCGUCCAGGUGCACAGGAACCUGGUGACAAAACUGAAACCUCAUCAGGUGGAUGGUUAGUUUGUGUUCUUCUUCAACUUCACUGACAGGAACAUGAGUUUACCAUCAAGGCAAUGACUCAACAUUAUUGAAGCUCAUAUUCGCUUAGAUUUGACAUUUUCAUUCUUAACAAAAACACGUUUUGUUUGGAAGCCUCAAUAAAACAUUGGAAUUGUGUUUGUGAUGAAUAAGUUUUGACACCUCAGUAGGUUUUACACAGUUAUUAAUUCACAGCUGAUCGUUGUUUUACUGCGGAGUUAAUCAGGCGACAUGUUUUCUUUUUUUUUCAACAGGUGUGCAGUUCAUUUGGGACAGUUGCUGUGAGUCUGUAAAGAAAGCUAACUCUACUCCCGGAUCAGGCUGUAUACUAGCACACUGCAUGGGCCUGGGAAAGACUCUGCAGGUAGAGACAAACACAAAUCCACCUCCAAUAUUCUGUAUUUCUUUGUUUUAUCUGCUGUUUAUGACACCGGAUGUUCUCAUCACUUCAGAAAGCUCUGUUUUUGCAGCGUCACUAUCUUGUGGUCAUUUUCUUUGGGCUCAAAUUCAUGGUUGUGCCAUUUUAUAGGUGGUGACAUUUCUCCACACGGUACUACUGUCAGAGAACCUGAAAUUCAGAACCGCCCUGGUUGUUUGUCCGGUUAAUACCAUUCUCAACUGGGUCAGCGAGUUCAAGAAAUGGCAAGACAACAUGAUGCAGGAGAAAGUCAAGGUCUGCAGAACAGUUUCUAUUGUGUGAACAUAAAGAAGUGUUUCUUUUUUUUUUUACUUGCUCACACCUGUGUCUCUUGCUUCAGGUUACAGAACUAGCUACAGUGAAAUCUUCUUUCGAACGAAUCAGAGCUCUGCAGAGGUGGAUGAGGGAGGGAGGUGUGAUGAUAAUGGGCUAUGAGAUGUACCGCAACAUUUCAUCAGUCCGAAAAACCAGCAGUGAGGAGGAAAAGAAGGCGAUCAAAAGCAUCCUGGUGAAUCCAGGUGCUCAACGGAUUCCUGUCAUGUUGUUGAAUCCUUACCUGAUUAGAUUCUCUUAAUGUGUUGCUAAUUUGUGUUGCUGUGUGUUUUUUUUUUUAAUGUCAGGUCCAGACUUAGUGGUGUGUGAUGAGGGACACACCCUGAAAAAUGAAGCGUCUAAUGUCUCCAAAGCUCUGAACGCUGUCAAGACCCGCCGAAGAGUGGUGCUAACUGGAACACCGCUACAGAACAAUCUGAUUGAGUGUAAGUCAGCACAACAGAACCAUUUUAUUUUUUUUCUUUUAAGUUAUUACAACAAGUAAUUUGAGUAUUUUAGGCCCACUGCAGUAAAAGUGCAACUUUCAGCUUUAUCUUUUGAUUUUAAGGCUGGCGUGUAACAGCCUCCUAGAACUCUGGAUCAAUUCAAAUAAGACAUGACGUCUCGUUACAAUUAAACUGCUUUGAUCCUGUAAAUCUUGUGCCCUCAGAUCACUGCAUGGUCAGUUUCAUCAAACAGAGUCUUCUCGGCUCGCUGAAAGAAUUCAGAAACCGUUUCAUCAACCCGAUUCAAAACGGCCAGUGUGCUGAUUCGACACCCAGAGACGUCCGACUCAUGAAGAAGCGAGCGCACGUACUUCACGCUAUGUUGGCUCGAUGUGUGCAGGUGAAGGGAAACGCUGUUUGUAUUUGAGCACGUGACAUUUUGUUUUCAUAUUUCAGUCCUGACAACCCUUUUUUGUUUUUAACUUUAGAGAAAAGAUUACUCCGAGUUGACUCAGUUUCUACCUCCAAAACAUGAGUACGUGCUGGCAGUGAGGUUUUCCCCGCUUCAGUGUCAGCUGUACCGCCACUACCUCGAGCACAUUUCUGGUGAGAGUGCAGACCCAGACUUCAAGUUAUUACAAGUUUAGAAAACACUGUAGUCACGAAGAGGAAAAAUCGGACCUGAGAUUAAUUCAAACCUCCUUACGGUUGUUCCAGUCUCUUUGCAGAUUUGUCAUUUUAGAUGAUUAAACUUGAUUUGUAGUUAAGAGAGACGAGUGCUUUAGGUCAUUUAGAAGAAGUGCUGGUACUCCCUUCAUUCACUCCUUCACAACAUUAAUUUGUUGUAAAAGACUAACUCAGUGUGUCGCACACACAAAGAAUGUAAUAGUUUGAUGUUACCCUGAGGCCAAAACAGACAAGUGAGUGUCAUUCAAGUCCCACUCCGAUGUUUUUUUUUUUUACUACUUUAAGUGUUCUCAGUGGUCUUUAAUUUGUAAUUAUGAAGUUUUUAUUAAAAAUCACAUUCCCUGUGUCAUUUUCAAGGGCUUUUCCUCUGCAGAGCUCCUGUAGCUCAUUAGCAAUUUGCCUCUGAGUCGUGGGCGGAGACAGCGCUACGUAUUAACUCUCACUGUUUCUGAGUUUGGGUCUGCCAGAGAUUCACAGCGAUUUGAAUAAAGAAAUACUCAGAAAAGCAAUUUAGCAUUUAGUUUUCUCAUGAUAUGUCCUGUAGCAUCAGAAAAAUGCCAGAUGAACAUGUAAAAUUAGGAAAAACAUGAUUUUCAUCGGAGUGGAUCUUUAACACCUGCAAAAGCACAAGAGAGGAAAGGAAAGGGUAGGAGCAGCUGGUAAGAGAAGAAGUCCCAGUAGCCAAAAAGUCCCAGUACGCCAAGAGUGUAAAUUUAGAAGUGGGGGUACUGUGCACUGAAGCCCUCCAGCACACUCAAAGCACACUCAGAGAUCAGGGACCAGUUCAGUCUUACAUGAAUGCAUCAAGGUCUGAAGUAGUGACAUCCAUCCAUUAGGUUAUGCUUGGUAUAUAUGUGACAUCCACUUACAUUGUACGAAAUGCAUGAGUUUCAUCCUUUUGUGUGACGUGUCUGUUUUUCCAGGUGUUGGUCCCAUGGCAAACGGGAUAAAGCAGAAGCUCGGAGCAAAUCUAUUCAAGGACUUCCAGGUGUUCAGCAAAAUCUGGACUCAUCCGUGGUGCCUUCAGCUCAGCGCCAUCAAAGAAAAGAAGGUACAAAAAAAUUUCACCCUCAACCUCUGCUCAUGUGUUCAUGUGUUAUUACUCCAACAUCACCAUGAGGGUUUGAACUUCUCUUUACUCAGACAGCUCAUCUGAAGAAGAAUCGAGUUACACCAGCAGUGUUUUUGAGGAAUGGAGAAACCACUGUAGCUGUGAGGUGAGACAUUUAAAAACACACUUAUGUGGAAUAAAGGACGAUCUUUGACUUGAUUUGACUAGUAUUCAAGAUUCUUGGACUCUUAUGUGCACUUGAAGCUCCUUUUUUCAGUUUUUUAAUUGAGGAUGCAGAGAAGCACAUGCACAUGAGUUUGUUUAAAAAACAGAUAAAUGUGAAAAACUCCCAAAUAAUUUAAAAGAGAGGAAGCCAACUUUGAGGCAUCAACUUUGAACUUGGAAGAACAAAAAUAAAGAAAGUAAGAGGAUUUCAUUUCUGUCUUCAGCCUCUUUUGGACUAUUUAUAUUCUUUUUUUUUGCCUGAUACAGUGGUCCAAAUCCAAACCAAGGAAGAGAAGGAAAUAUCUUUGACGGUAGUGCAGCUCUCACCACUGGUGUACCCAUAGUUGCUCCAGCAGAAGGUAUCAAAGCUUAAUGCGUCAACAGUUCCACAACCAGCUUCAGCGUUCACACAAACACACUUUGUCCUGUGCUGUCUUUGGUGUAGGAGAGAACGCGGCUGUCAGCUCUACCUCUCAGCUCCCAGGCGUUAAGUGGUUCAACAACCUGCUCUCACAGACGGACGCCAAAAUCAUGGAGCACUCUGGGAAAAUGGUGCUCUUGUUUGAGAUCCUCAGGAUGGCCGAAUACCUGGGGGACAAAGUGUAAGGUUCUCCAAUGACAGAAACAAGUGGAAAUACAGAGACAUACUUUGGUUUUAUGCUUACCUCAAAUAUCGUAUAAUUAUCUUCUUUUAAUCUCCAGGCUGGUGUUCAGUCAGUCCCUGACCUCGUUGGACCUGAUCGAGGAUUUCCUUAAAGCUUCUCAUCAUGCCAGAGGCCCAGAAUCAUCCAAGGGUAUAUGAAGACAAACAUAUGAACGCACUGAGGCGCUUUCUUCCUUUGUGGUUCUUUAGAUUUUCUGCUUUGUUAUAAAAACACUUUGAUUAAAAUUCACGUGUCUUUGUUUGCACAGUGGGCAGUUGGAUCAAAAACAUCGAUUACUACCGUCUUGAUGGUUCCACCUCUGCUGUGUUAAGGACAAAAUGGUCAGACCAGUUCAACUAUGAUAAAAAUCAGCGGUAUGGAUUAACUGUGUUUUUUUCUGUUUUUUAUGUUGAUGAUACUGGAUUCAGAUUGGAGGAGGAUCUGUGGGAAUAUUAUGAUACAGAUUUUUUUUUUCGGUUUUAUCCUAGUGGCCGAUUGUUUCUCAUCUCAACAAGAGCGGGUUCCCUUGGUAUCAACCUGGUCGCUGCUAACAGGGUGAUCAUCUUCGAUGCCUCGUGGAAUCCCUCCCAUGACAUGCAGAGUAUCUACAGAGUUUACCGCUUCGGUCAGCUCAAACCAGUGUUUGUCUACCGCUUUUUGGCUCAGGUAGGCUUGUUUACUCGUCGUCUUAAAGCUUCAAUCUUGUUUUUGUCCUUUCAGUUUAAACCCUGACCAUCACAGUUGUGUUUAGUUUUGUCUUUUGCGUAUUUGUAUUUAAGGUGAUAGUAUGAGGUAAUAGGUCUUGCAAAUUAACAUCACCACUGCUCACAGUUGGCACUGCUCACACAGUCUGGGUUUAAUCAGGCAGUCUUCAGGGGUCCACUCCACUUUGGAGUAAGAAUAUUCAAUAUUUUUUACAGCUUGCUGUGCGUUGAAUUCACAGAGCAGAGAGUACAGAUCCAUUUUAUUUAAGACUUCCAUUUUUUUGAUUUAGCCAUGAAUGGAUCAUCCAUCACCGACAGUCCUUGUAUGAAAAUGUUCUGUUCUGACUCAUAAACUUGUUGAAAUAAUCGUUUUGUCUUUGUGGUCGGUAAAAAGAUCUUCCUUAACAAACCAUCUAAAAAGCUUAGGGGAAUGAUCACUUUAUGCUGCGGUUGCUCCCAGUUCAUGAUGUGAAAUUUGGGUAAUAAAAGUGUCUUCUUAGGGUUUCACAUAGAAGGGUCUGAACAUUAAGAUAAAGAGAAAAUCAAACAUGGAUUAUCUGCGUGUAAUUUCACGUACCGAUGUUUGAUCUGGUAAUUUACUGCAAACCCUUUUGGUCAUUUGCAUUUUGUCCUCUCCAGGGCACCAUGGAGGAGAAGAUCUACGAUCGCCAGGUGACCAAGCAGUCUUUGUCCUUUCGAGUGAUAGACCAGCAGCAGAUCGAGAGGCACUUCACCCUGUCCGAGCUGGCCGAACUUUACACAUUUGAGCCAGAUCUGCUGAACGACCCAAACUCAAAGAAAAGCAAAAGAACCUGCUCCGAUCCACCCAAGGUUACUGUCUGUGUUUACAGGUUUCAGCUCAGCGCCACUUAGUUGUUAUGAUGUUAUUAAAUGAUUUCAUGUCUCUGUUUUUAGGAUAAAGUCCUGGAACAGCUUUUGCAAACAUGUAAGGACCAUAUAGUGUCUUUCCAUGAGCAUGAAUCUCUGCUGGACCAUAAACAGGAGGAGGAGCUCAGUGAGGCAGAACGCAAGGCUGCCUGGGCGGAGUAUGAGGCUGAGGUAAAGGCUGCAACAUCAUCAAGAUAGACAUGCAGUAGACUUGAAUGACAGUGUUUAAUGAUAAAACUAAAUUAUUACUGAGUGUUAUUGUCUUUGUGUUUCCUCUUCAGUCUAACCCAGUCAACCCUCCAGUUCCUUUGAACCCGGAAGCCUUGGUAUCAAAAACCAACGAUCAGCUACUGGUAUAUACUGUAUAAAUUACAUUUUCUAUAAUCUUAUGUCUUUGUAAUUCACAAUAUAUAACAGAAAAAUGUGUUGCAGGAAAUGCUGAACAAAAGCAGAGCAAAUGUGUCUGUGGCCUUCAUGUCGCUGCAGAAGAUGAAAUCUUACAGUAUCGAUGAAUACAUGCGCAGUGUGGUAAGUGACCUGAGUUUGAUCAUGUGGUGCAGUGGAAAAAAUCUAAAGUGAUGUAAUAAAUACAUGUAGCAAAGGUUCAUCAAGGCCACAUUUAUAGGAAACGUAUUUUUGUUAUGAUGAAGUGGACUAUUUAUUGCUGGUUUGAGGUGAUUUUUGCACAGUUUCAUUUAUUUACUUUUCAAGCUGUGAAGAAUGUGUAAAGAAACAUAUGUGUUUAUAUUACAGCGACAACAGUAUCCACAACUGCCUGAGGCCACGAUCCAGUCCAAAUCUCAGUUUUGGAAACUGUGGGAUGAGAAGGAACAGCAACGCAGACAGGCCUUGUAUCGAGAAGUCCUAUUACAACAUCAAACAGUGAGUAACUUUGUCAAAUUUGGGCUCAUACAAAUUCUAGCUCCACUGAAGUUUGGGGAGUUGUGUAAAAUCUGAAUAAAAACAGAUUACAGUGAUUUGCAAAUCCUUUUCCACCUCUAUUUAAUGGAAUACACUGCAGAGACAAGAUAUUUAAUAGAUGCUUACUUGUUUUUGUUUUUUUUCCAAAUAUUUACUCCUUUUUAAUUUGAUGUCUGCAACACAUUCCACAUAAGUUUACCACUGUGUUACAUCACCUUUCCUUUUCUGUUGGUGAAGUUUUUUUUCCCCAUUUUUUCUUCAUGUACGUCUUAAGAUGCUGGACAGUCCGGGGUCUCUGUUGUUGUGUUUUUGUGCUUUAUGACACUCUGUACAUUUCCACGUACAGUGAUUUCUCUGGAUCUUCUGAAUCUUUUGAUGAUGUUAUGGACUGUAAAUGAUGAAAUCCAUGAAUUCCUGCAAUUAUACAUUGAGAAAUAUUGCUCUCACACUGUUGGACUCAAUGAACCUAUUCAUAUGUAACAUGAUCCAAACGUGACUUUUGAGCAUUCCUGGCGAAUAUUUCCAAAAAACAAACAAAAAUGAUAAUCAUCAGUUUGAACUUGAAGCAUCGUCUUUGUUGUGUAUUGAAUUGAAUAGAAGUCGGAAAGGAUUCACAAAUCAUUGUGUUUUGUUUGUGUUCACAUUUUACACAACGUCCCAUCUUCAAUGGAAUUGCAGUUUGUGGAUGUAUGGGAAAGAUAACUAAUAUCUACAUCUCUCUACAGCUUACUCUCAGCAUUCAGGCCAUCCUAAACACACAAAGGACAGCGGUGGUUAUGGUACCCCCGACUGCUGCAAACCAGAAUGGACAGCCUUAUCCUGGAGAUAAGAGUGUGCUUGGAGCCUCCAUCAUUUAAACAAAAAAGCAUCACGCUAUCAAAAGUUAUUUCUGGAAUUAUGUUCAAGAUUUUUCUACUUAUUAAUCAACAGUUUUGUUUUUUAUACUUUCAGCACUUUACCAUGCACAGACAGUGCUCACAAGUUUUACAGAUGUGCCUGAGGAAGCGUUUCCAAGUAUUCUUAAAUUAUGCAAUUUUUCUGUUGUUCGGUAUCAAAAAGAUGUACCAUGUGCAAAAAAAGGAUUUUAUUGUUCCCACACUUGAGUUUACAUAAAUUGCCUUACCAUUAAGUCUAUAGUGUAUUUUCCUUUUUUGGAGGUCUAUUUUUGUUUUUUUAUACUUGCUCUGUGUAAUAAAAUACCUCAAAGUUC